AUGACGUCCCUCCCCGAAAACCUCCCCAAAGAAGACGAGAACGACCCCAGCUCUCCUGCACGACGUGCCGCCAGAAGAAGAGACGCAAGACUAAAGUGCGACCGCAACCUGCCAUGCGAGAACUGUUCGACCCGCGGCCGAGGGGCAACCUGUGUUUACGCAAACCCCCCGCCACCUGGUCAGACUAGGGGGAUCCGUCGGCCUGUAGACAAAGCUACCAUGCAAAGUCGUGUUCAACACCUAGAGGAGAUAGUUCUAUCGUUGGUGCAAGAGAAAUCUCCGGCAUCUUCCCAAUCGCGGAGCACGCCAGAAUCUCGGUCCGAUGGAGAGGUCCGCGGUCACCGUGUUGGAUAUCACUUCGGAAAUGACCCCUCUGGUUCUACGGGCCCUGGAAGUAGCGAUGAUCCGGCCAUGCCCAUUGGUGGAUCUGCAGAGCCGAUACAGAAUUUGAGCCUACCGAGUGGUGGUGAUUCGGGAUAUUUUGAAAGUGGUCAUUGGAAUUCGAUUUUGGCUGAUAUUGGCGAAUUGAAGGGUUACUUCGCAGAUCAAGGCGAAGUAGAUGUCUCCGAGACGACGCCUGAGGCUGGCCACUGCGAAACAGACCUACUCAGUGGUCGUUGUGGGAGGCUGACCCAGAUGGAAAUACUUGACCGCGUUCCCCCGAGGCCGCUCGUCGACUUUUUAAUAACUCGAUACUUCAAUUCCAAUGAUCAACCGUUAGUUGUCAUCCAUCGUCCAAGCUUUCGAAAAGAGUAUGAUCUAUUCUGGGAGGAUCCCUGGUCUGCGCCGAUAAUAUGGGUUAGCAAGCUCUUUAGUAUGAUGUGCAGCUCUAUUCGCAUCGUCACCCACUCUGGAGAACAAAUGCCAGAAUCGCUCCUAGACCCCGACCAGCAAAUGGAUCAAUAUCGCCAAUUGGCCGUUCACUGCUUGUUCGCUGGAAACUAUGCCACUGGUCCGCCCCAUGCGGUCGAAGCUCUGAUACUAUAUUUCUUCACAGAGUAUACGCGAACCCCAGAUAUGCAAUUACCCUGCUGGCUUCUCUUUGGGGUAGUUCUUCGCAUUUCUAUGCGUAAAGGGUACCAUCGUGACGCUCGACACCAUCCCGGACUGUCCAUUUUGGAAGGCGAGAUGCGAAGACGUUCAUGGACAGUAUUAUUUCACAUGGAUCUUCUCACGUCGGUAGAUGCGAGUUUGCCUCGAAUGAUCCAACCGUCGCAGAUGGAUUCCGACUUACCUCGUUGUAUCCGCGAUGAAGAUAUUGAUGAAACCACUAUGGAACUCCCACCUUCCGGACCGGACGUGGCCAACCCCUUGCUUGCAUUCACAAUUGUGAAAAGGGCAAUGGUAAUCGUCUUUGGCACGAUUGUAGAUUUGAAUAACACAAAAGAGUUUGCACCGUAUGAGAAAAUAUUGCAGCUGGACAAGGCUCUGCAGGAUAGUUGCCGAGUCAUACCAACGACAAGCGAGGCGAACCCCACGGAACCCGCCGUGGCCGAAUCACCAAGCUUAAUCAGGCGUCGAUUAUUGCUUGAUCUCAUGUACCAAAAGGCCCGUUGUAUGCUGCACCGCAAAUAUUACACCCUCUCCUGGAACAAUCCGCAGUACAUGUACUCGCGCCAGACGUGCAUUGAGGCAGCAAUGACGACGCUGCGACAGCAAGCGGUUCUACAUCAAGAGUUGCAGCCGGGGGGCAUGCUACAUCAAUUUAAAUGGAUGAAAAUGUCGCUCAUAGCGCAUGAGUCGCUCCUUUCUUCAAUGAUUCUUUGUAUGUACCUGGACCGUCUAAAUCAGCAGAGUGUCAGCGGUGUUGGCGAUAUUGCCAUUGACAAUAUGACACCGGAGAGAAGGUCGGAGAUGUUGCAUUUGUUGGAGUCUGCGGUGUUGAAUAUCAUUCUCCAGAAGGUGGGAUUAAUACUCCCGAUACCAAAUAACAUCAUGAAUGAAAUUGCGCCGGUACAGCGGACGAAUGCGAUGGCGCCGCUAGACGCAAGGGCUCAUUCUGGACUCGGAACCCUAACUGCAGCACCAACAAUACCCACGUUCCACCCGCAUGACGGGGUAUACACUCAGACGCCACCAAUCCCUGUGCCGAUUCCAAUUAGUGAAAUAGGCUUAAUUGAUCCGGAGGACAUGUUUUUUAGCCCGGAAAUCAUGACGAUUCGUAACUUUAUCCAAUUUCCCCAAGAGAUAGACUGGAACGAAUGGGAUAACUCUUUUCGCCUGCAUGAUUGGAGCUACUCGUUCAAUGUGUCACAAAUGGGGGAGUGA